CCAGGGGCAGGACUUGUGUCCAAAUCGGAGUAGAGGAAAUCAAAGCACCGGGGGACAGGGAGUCAGCGGGCACACAGGCAGGCCGUACCCACAGUUACCUCCAUCGUCUCAAAGCUUUCUCCUCGGUCACAAUGAUCAAGUGCGCGCAGGGGGUGUUGUAUCUCUCGGUUCUGGUGACGUUCGCCGCCUGCAACGCUCCUCCGGUACCGUUAGACGACAUCCUCAUUGAGAAAACCUCCGUGCCAGAGCAGUGUGUGCGCGCGGUCAAAGUAGGAGAUUUUGUCAGGUAUCACUACAUCGGCACGUUUCCAGACGGCAACAAGUUCGACUCCAGUUAUGACCGUGGCAGCACAUACAAUGUCUUUGUUGGCAAGAAGCAGCUGAUUGAAGGGAUGGACAAAGCUCUCGUGGGAAUGUGUGUCAACGAGAGAAGCCUGGUGAAGAUCCCACCUCAACUCGCUUAUGGAAAACAAGGCUACGGUGACAUCAUCCCUCCUGACUCCAUCCUCCACUUUGACGUCCUGCUCCUCGAUGUGUGGAACCCCGAGGAUGGCGUCCAGAUAAACACUUACCACACGCCCUCCGUCUGCUCCAGAAAGGUGGAAGUGUCUGAUUACGUCCGCUACCACUAUAACGGCACCCUGCUGGACGGGACCCUCUUUGAUUCCAGCCACACCCGCAUGCGGACCUAUGACACUUACGUCGGGAUCGGCUGGCUGAUCGCCGGUAUGGAUCAGGGUCUUCUGGGAAUGUGUGUUGGAGAGAGGCGCAUCAUCACUAUGCCCCCAUCGCUUGGAUAUGGAGAGAAUGGAGAUGGCAGUGACAUCCCAGGACAGGCCUCCCUGGUGUUUGAUGUUGUCCUGUUGGACCUCCACAAUCCCAGAGACGGGAUCACAGUGACUAACCAAGUGGUGCCCGAGUCCUGCACGAGGAAGACCGUUUCUGGAGACUUUGUGCGUUACCACUACAACGGCAGCCUUCUGGAUGGGACAUUUUUCGAUUCUAGCUACUCUCGUAAUCGUACCUAUGACACAUACGUGGGUCGAGGCUACGUGAUCGCCGGCAUGGAUGAGGGUCUGAUCGGAGUCUGCAUUGGGGAGAGACGCACCAUCACCAUCCCCCCGCAUCUCGGCUACGGAGAGGAGGGCACGGGCACAAAGAUCCCAGGCUCAGCUGUGCUGGUGUUCGACGUCCACAUCAUCGACUUCCACAACCCCACGGACAACACUGAGAUCACCGUCACUUUCAAGCCAGACGAGUGUGACAGGCAAACUAAGAAGGGAGACUUUGUUAAAUACCACUACAAUGCCUCUCUGAUGGACGGCACAUCCAUCGACUCCACGUACAAUUAUGGAAAGACAUACAACAUAGUCCUGGGAGCAAACCAGGUGGUCCCGGGGAUGGAGGAUGGACUCAUGGACAUGUGUGUAGGAGAGAGAAGACACCUUGUUAUUCCUCCUCAUCUGGGCUAUGGGGAGAGGGGAGUCACUGGUGAGGUUCCAGGCAGUGCCGUCCUGGUGUUUGACAUCGAGCUGGUUGAAAUGGAGGAAGGACUUCCUGAAGGCUACAUGUUCAUCUGGAACGACGAGGUGUCUCCAGACCUCUUCUCUGAGAUGGACAAAAACAGCGACAAAGAGGUGGAGCCCUCUGAGUUCACUGACUACAUCAUGCGGCAGGUGACCGAGGGUAAAGGUCGCCUGGCUCCUGGCUUUGAUCCUUACCGCAUCAUUGACAACAUGUUCUCCAACCAGGACCGCAACGGUGACGGAAAGAUCACAGAGGCAGAGUUCAAACUUAAAGCGGAUGAGGCUGCUGCCCACGACGAGCUAUGACGUGCUUUAUAGCACGAGGGUAUAAGGCAAAGGGUCAGAUAGUUGGGGAAAUGGGGACUGAUAGUAAAUUUGUGGGUGGUAGAGUAGCUGCAGAUGGGUUUGUAUGUGUAAAGUGUGGAGGGGGAAAUGGGCUGACAGAGAUUUUGUGGACUUAGAUGAUAGAGUUAAAGGACAUCUCGUCCAUGAAGUGCCAAUUGAGUCUGAGAAGAAAUAACGAGUAUGUAGGAUUUAGAAAAAAAUCAUCUAAUUUGAGGACUACGAUGGAAAUGAAUGAUUUUUUUAACCUCCUUUCUCAUCAAAGGGUAUAAAAGCACUCCUGUGUGAGAGAACAAACAAGUGCCUAGCUCUACUUUGUCUAGAUUAAAAACUCUUUACAGACUUUUAUUUUCUUAUUUUCUACUCACUGUUUGUCCAAACUGUCUUGACAGGAGCACCGACUUAUUCGUAAUUAACUGUGAUACACUGUGAUUAAAGAAAGGUUCUUACUAAGAGCUGCCGCUGUUUUUAAAAGUGAAAAAUAAUAGGGUUUUAUUUCCUUUAUUUACAUUCAACACCUACCACUGUUUCACUUUUAAAUGUCAGCCCACCUUCUGUGUUUUCCGCUGUUAAAAUCAUUCAGUCACCCUCCAGCUGUCAGGUCUGAAAUCUCCAUUCCUUCACUCGUUUUUGGUCUACUGUUUGUUUACUUCGCCUGUUUCGGUCUUCUCUGGAUGUCUGGUGCAGUUUAGGAAUUUGCGUGCAAGUGUGUGCAUGUGUGUGCAAGAGCGAGACAGAGCUAUGCAAAUAGAGUUUUGUUUUCUAUUACUUUUACAUUCAGGAGAACACUAAGGCUUGAUGUCGCCUGUAUCAGCUGAAAAUUUCAUUCGAUUAAAUGACCUGGCCUAAA